AUGGUGCGAUCGUUAGAAGAACGAGAACGCAGCUGGCAGCGUCAAUUUGCGGAAGUUGAAGGCUGUUACUAUCAGAUGAAGAGCCGCUACCUCAUGGUUUUGAAUCAUUUCAAAUCACCCGAGAAGCCAAGCAUCAUGAUGGAGCCCGGCAUGUUGCAACAGUUAAUGGCUGAAGUUUGCCGAACAUCUCGAGAUUCCAUGGAUAAGACAGACGCUUUGGGAUUUUAUCUCAAAGGGCGAACAGAGGAGGUGAAGAUUUUUGAUUCAGAAACUGAAAGAUGCCAAAAAUGGGGUUCUAGCAGCGGCGAUCUGUUGGAUCUUGCUGCAGAAUACGCCGACAAAGGAGCACAGAGCUUAGAGGCAGCAAACCUUGUACGGUUUUCAGAACAAAGCAAGGAGAAUAUGCAUUGGUUGCAGUCCUGGGAUGCUUUCAUAGUAAAUUGGGUCGGUCGGCCACUAGUUGAAAGCGUAGAGCUUAAGAAUCUAGUCCGUACGGGAAUACCCGAAGCCUAUCGGGCACGAGUGUGGAAGGGAUUAAUACAAAUGACUCUAAAGGAAAAACUGACGGAGUUUGGCAAUGGCUAUUACAGCAGUAUGCUUCGAAAGACAUUGUAUCAACAAGAAAGUGGCGUUUAUGACACAUCAAUCAAACAGCUUUUUUUCUUGUACGAUGGGUACCUUAUCCAGAUUGACCUCGAUCUUGUAAGAACUCUUCCUGCGAAUCGCAUGUUUGCUGACCCAGACUCAGAGAAAGUGAAACAGUUAAGAAGGGUGCUUUAUGCAUAUAGGAACCAUGAUACGCUUAUUGGCUACUGCCAGGUGCUGCGAGACCUAGUAAACGAGAAACUACCGCGACUUGCAGCGCAUCUACGACAGUUCGAGGUCGAUCUAUCUCUGUUUGCGCUCAGCUGGUUCCUUACAUGUUGCGUAGAUGUUCUACCUCACCAGAUUUAUCUGCCCAUUUUCGAUGUUUUCCUUUAUGAAGGGAAUAAGUCUCUGUUCCGAUUUGCACUGGCAAUUCUGAAAUUGUGCGAACCAGCCGUGAUGCAAAGCAAGACUGUCAGUACCGUUCAUGCGGUUUUAAGCAAACCACGGCAAUAUGUGACAGACUACAAAUCGUUAGCACAGGUCGCGUUCAAUGACAUGAACCCUUUCCCACUGAAACAGAUAGAGACGAAAAGGGCGCUGUAUUUGACGCAGCUGCAGGCAAGUUUUCUUUUCCAGCAUGACAUCCUUCUGUCUUACCCUUAUCCGUACGCAUUCAAUGCUAUGACGAAAGCCAUGAUCUUUUUUAAACUUCAAAUGCAUGUUUUAUAUGUUCCUUUUUUUUGA